AUUGGGGAGUCAUCAAUGUCUGUUGUGUUAAAUCAGCUGCUGCCCAUGAUUAAGCCUGUGAACCAGAGAACCAAUGAUGACUACAGCCCUGAAGAGCUGUUGAUUCUCCUCAUAUAUAUUUUUUCUGUCCGUGGAGAGUUCACUGGCGACAAAGACCUGGGUGAAGCUGAAGAGAAAGUGAAGAAAACUUUGGCUCAGGUCUUUUGUGAAGAGGCAGAAUUGUCACCUUUGCUGCAAAAAAUCACAGGACACCACUGUCAUCUCCAGAGGAAAACAAUGGAGUCAUUGACUCAGCUUUACCCCCUACAGCAAUUGGCUGCUCCCUGCAGUUCAUCUCUAUUGCCUUUGAGAUGCUUUUUUCACCUUUCUAAAGUUGCUUCUGUAUCCCUAGGCACACAGUGUCCAUGGCCUUUUCUCUAAAGUUCCUACCCUUCCAUUCAUCUUUCUGACUCAUGCCAGACCAACAUUCUUAAAUUUACUUGUGUACUUUAAUACCUUUACUUUAAGGUUUUUUUUCUCUAUUAUUACAGUCAUACAUAAUCACUGUAGAAUGUAUUUGGAAAAAUUAAAGUACAAAGUUUGGAAAAAUUAAACAAUGGCCAUAUGUAAAUU